GCGCUGGGCUGCGCCCUGCCGGGCGCCGCCGGCCCCUUCCCCUUCCCCUUCCUGGACCCCGCGCUGCCCUGGCAGCGCCGCCUCGACGACCUCAUGGGCCGCCUGAGCCCCGGCGAGAUGGUGCUGCAGGCGGCCAGGGGGGGUGCCCUGGGCAACGGCCCCGCGCCGCCCAUCCCACGCCUGGGCAUCGGGCCCUACAACUGGAACACGGAGUGUCUGCGCGGCGACGCCGAGGCGCCCGGCUGGGCCACCGCCUUCCCGCAGGCGCUGGGGCUCGCGGCCGCCUUCAGCCACGAGCUCGUCCACCGCGUGGCCAACGCCACGGCCACUGAAGUGCGCGCCAAGCACAACUACUUCAGCGCCACGGGCCGCUACGGGGACCACACGGGGCUCAGCUGCUUCAGCCCGGUGCUGAACAUCAUGCGGCACCCGCUGUGGGGCCGCAACCAGGAGACGUACGGCGAGGACCCGUUCCUGACGGCAGAGCUGGCCACUGCCUUCGUGCAGGGGCUGCAGGGCGGGCACCCGCGCUACGUGAAGGCGAGCGCCGGCUGCAAGCACUUCAGCGUGCACGGCGGCCCCGAGAACGUGCCCGUGUCCAGGCUCAGCUUCGAUGCCAAGGUGCUGGAGCGGGACCUGCGCACCACCUUCCUGCCCCAGUUCCAGGCCUGCGCGCGCGCCGGCUCCUUCAGCUUCAUGUGCAGCUACAACAGCAUCAACGGCGUGCCGGCCUGUGCCAACAAGAAGCUGCUGACGGACGUGCUGCGGGGCGAGUGGGGCUUCGAGGGCUACGUGGUGAGCGACGAGGGCGCCCUGGAGCUCAUCAUGCUGGGCCACGGCUACACGCACAGCUUCGUGGAGACGGCGGCGGCCGCCGUCAACGCCGGCUGCAACCUGGAGCUCUCCUACGGCAUGAGGGACAACGUGUUCAUGCGCAUUGGCGAGGCGCUGGCCGCGGGCAACGUCACGCUGGAGACGCUGCGCGCCCGCGUGCGGCCCCUCUUCUACACGCGCCUGCGCCUGGGCGAGUUCGACCCGCCGGCCAUGAACCCCUACAGCCGCCUGGGCCUCAGCGAGGUGCAGAGCCCGGCGCACCGGGCCCUGGCGCUCGAGGCCGCCGUCAAGAGCUUCGUGCUGCUGAAGAACGAGCGGGACACGCUGCCGCUGAGGGAGCCGGGCGCUGGGCGCAUCGCGGUCGUGGGCCCCUUUGCUGACAACCCCCGCGUCCUGUUUGGGGACUACGCGCCCGUCCCGGAGCCCCAGUACAUCUACACGCCCCGGAGGGGCUUGGAGACGCUGGCGGCCAACGUGAGCUUCGCGGCGGGCUGCCGGGAGCCGCGCUGCGAGCACUACGCGCCGGCCGAGGUGGCGGCAGCGGUGCGGGGCGCUGACGUGGUGCUCGUGUGCCUGGGCACCGGGAUCGACGUGGAGACGGAGGGCAAGGACCGCGAGGACCUGUCCCUGCCUGGGCACCAGCUGCAGCUCCUGCAGGACGCCGUGCGUGCGGCCGCCGGGCGCCCCGUGGUGCUGCUGCUGUUCAACGCGGGGCCGCUGGACGUGCGCUGGGCGCAGGAGCACCCCAGCGUGGGCGCCAUCCUGGCCUGCUUCUUCCCGGCGCAGGCCGCUGGCCUCGCCAUCGCCAACGCGCUGCUGGGCCGCCCUGGCGCCAACCCGGCCGGGCGGCUCCCGGCCACGUGGCCGGCCGGCAUGGAGCAGGUGCCGCCCAUGGAGAACUACACCAUGGCGGGGCGCACGUACCGCUACUACGGUGCCACGGCUCCGCUCUACCCCUUCGGCUACGGCCUCUCCUACACCACCUUCUCCUACCGCGAGCUGGUGCUGAGCGCCGCGGCGCUGCCCGCCUGCGCCAACCUCUCCGUGUCCGUGGUGGUGGAGAACACGGGGCAGCGGGACGGCGAGGAGGUGGUGCAGCUCUACCUGCGCUGGGAGCAGCCCUCGGUGCCCGUGCCGCGCUGGCAGCUCGUGGCUUUCCGCCGCGUGCCGCUGCCGGCCGGCCGCGCCGCCAAGCUGGCCUUCGAGGUGACGGCGGCGCAGCGCGCGGUGUGGGGCCCGCCAUGGCGCGUGGAGCCCGGCGCCUUCACGCUCUUCGCGGGCGGGCAGCAGCCGGCGCAGGCGCGGCGGGCGAGCUCGCCGGUGCUGGAGGCGCGCUUCGGCGUCACGGGCGCCGCACGGCCCCUCAGCCAGUGCUAG